GUAACCGGAUGACCAUAACCGGGUGGGCCAAGAACAUCUGAAUCAGAAUAAUGCAAUGGAUAGGAACUUAGAAAGUGGAGCUUACUCUGUUUCAUCGUUGAAACUUGAAAUUCUUCAGAUACAAAAAGGAAACUGAAAGAAAUCCGUUCAUUGUUUGCCGUAGCUGGGAAUAAAGUGAAUCGGCGGCCGAAGAGAGAAAGAUCGGAGACGAGAAAUGGCAUUGGAGCCUCCGCCUUUCCAGGAAGCAGAUCGUUGUGACGUCUGUAAAUGCAGCUUCAGCACUUUCCGUCGAAGGCAUCAUUGCCGUUGUUGUGGAAGAACAUUAUGCCACGAGCAUUCAUCAAAUCAAAUGACUCUACCGCAAUUUGGCAUACAAUCCAACGUUAGAGUUUGCGCUGACUGUUUUAAUGAUUCUACUCGGUCAGUAAAAGUUGACCCACAUGCUUUGUCAGGUGGAGUUAGUUCUGUAACAGAUAAAGUUUCUAGGUUAGACAUUGGUGCAGAAACAAGUUCGAAAAUGGAAACAUCUACACAGCAUCAGUCUGUUACAAAUGUUAUUGAGUGCAAGUGUGGAAUGCCUUUAUGCAUAUGUGAACCUCCAGCUCCCACCACAGAUGAACUCCCCCUGCAGAUGAAAACCCCCUCCACCAGUUCUUCUCCACCAAAUCCAAAACCAAAGAAGAUAGAUGCCAUCCCUAAGAAUAGAGGUUCCACUUCAAACAACAAGCCUAGUUCGGUUUUCAAUCAUGGUCAAAUAACCAAUGGUGGUACUAAUAAGCCUUUGAUGGAUUAUGAAGUUAAUGGGGAGGGUUUGAGGGAAGCUAUAAAGAAUGGUGAUACUGCUGCCGUCAAGAAGCUACUGUGCGAGGGUGUGGAUGCAAAUUACCGUGACAAGCAAGGAUUGUCCGUACUACAUUUGGCUGCACUAUUUAACCGGACUGAUAUUGCUUUUACCCUCAUGGAAUCUGGAGCAAGCCUUGACUACAAGAAUGCACAAGGUGAAACUCCGCUGGACUGCGCUCCUGCAACUUUGCAAUAUAAGAUGAGAAAGAAAAUGGAAGAACAUGGGCAGCAGGGCCCACAUUCCACCGUUUGAGAGGAGAUAGAUACAUAUCCUUUUUAUCUUUAACCUGCAAAUGCAAGUUGUCCGUUGCUUUGGAGAAAUAGUUUUUUAUUAAUUUUCUGCUUGAAUUUGUAUAAUGUAAGCUAUGCAUGCUAGCAGCUAGCAGCUAGCGGAUGUACUGAGAAUCUGAACCGCAGCUCAUGCAAUGUCCAAUAGAGUUCCUUCUUUCCUUUUGGAUACACAAUGGAGCAUCGCAUCGCAUCCUUUAAGGGCAACAAUAAAAUAUUUCUCUGUAGAUGCAUAUUGAACUUUGGGAAUAAAUUUUUUUUUUUUU